AUGUCCUCUCCCUCUCCCUCGUCAAAAUCGUCGUCUUUAUCAUCGUUCCGGAUUUGCACGUACAACGUCCUGGCGCAGUGUUACGUGAAAUCCGAGUGGUUUUCAUGGACGAAACCAAAAUCGUUACUCAAAUGGAAAACAAGACGCGAACACCUGCGGAGGAGACUGAGAGACGACGAACUCGGGAAAGUCGACGUGUUCUGCUUGCAAGAGGUGGAUGAGUUUGAGAACGAGUGGAAAGAGUUCAUCGAGAACGAGUUGAACAUGGGCGUGUUUUACAAACGAAGAACGCAGAAAUCGAACGACAAGAAAGAUGGGAGUCUGGUGUGUUGGAACAAGGAGAAGUUUGAGUUGCUCGAUACGUUAGGUGUGGAAUUUAACGAGGUGACGAAAACACUAGAUUUAGAUAUAAAAGAAGUUGAAGGGUUUGAAGAAGAGGAAAAGAGAGAGUACGAACGGGAUUGCGUCGCAGCGUGCGUGAUGUUGCUGCACAAAGCAUCUAACGUACCCAUCACGUGCGUUUCGACGCAUUUGUAUUGGGAUCCAGCGAAGGCGCUCGUAAAAUUAAAACAGGCGGAAUAUCUGCGCGAAGAAAUCGAACGAUGGUCGCAAACGAAAGGUAAUAUUUUAAUCGGCGGCGAUUUUAACAGUCUCGCGACUUCGGACGUGUAUAAGAGUAUGGUUGAGAACGAUUACGUGAGCUUAAUGCGAGAUAAUGAGACUGGUCGAGAACCGGAAUAUACGAACGUGACGCCGUCGUUUACAGAAACGAUAGACUACAUCUUCUCUUCAAAAAAUUGGAUUGAAAAAGUCACUCACAGAGGAAAAGUUAAGAACAGAGAUUUGUUGUUCGACGGAUGUCCUUGCGAAGGUGAACCAAGCGAUCAUUUACCGAUUUAUUGCGACAUCGAGCUCAAGAAGGCCGCUGCAAAUUAG